AUGCUAAUCGAUCGAUAUUUUAGAAAAUCUCGAGCACCAAAUGUAGAACGAAUGUAUGAAGGAAUGUGUGAAGAAAAUUUUCGAAGUCUUAUUCGAGAAGAGCUUCAGUGUUUGUCAACUUUAGAAAGGGACCAAAAACUCAGAGAAUGCUUCGUGAAUCGAACAAACACACUUCGAGAUGAGGAUCCAGCUAAUCCACCAAAAUCUGAUUCGUACUCUUCUUAUGAAUGUCUGAUUACUCAAAUCUAUGUGGACUGCCUUCUCGAACGUCAGGAUAAAUCAUGCAAGGAAGCCAUCAAGAAACCAAACGGAUCUGGAAGAUAUUUUGUCCGGAAAACUUUCAGAAAAAAGUUGACUAAAAAUUUCCCUUAUGGUGAUAUCAUCCAAAUAGAGCAUCACAUUGUAACACAGUUACCACAUCUGGAAAUGGCAAUGCUUUCAAUGUUAGCAGCUCGAAAUGGAAGUCAAUGCGUGCUUCAAACAAUCCCUAAAAAAAGACCAGCACCAGCAGGUAAGCUUUGACU